ACUCCUCCAACUCCCAAUCACAGAGAAAUCGAAAGAAGCCUGGUUUUCACUAAGUUUGAAUCCUUUGAUUGGUUGAUUUAACGAUUUGACUCUCAGCCUCGCUGAAUCGGAAGAAGAGUCAAAACGGUUCUUAGUUGCCGGCGCCGGAAAAAACCGACCGGCGCAUCUGAAACAAACUGAACGCCGGAGCUCCGGUGACAGAGGAUGUGGCUGCAUUUGGCUGCUCUGUUUCUCCUCAUCAUCGUUUCACCACUCUUCGUAUUCUCCUCUGAAAUCCAGCAGGUCGGUUCUAAUCAGCACUUGGUCAAUGAUCUAGACGCAGCUAAGCUCAGAAUAUCACAAUUGGAAACUGUUCUUGAGGCGACCACAGAGAAAGUGGAUGCUAAGACCAUUUACUUGGAAGAGCGUGAGAAGUUGAUCCAAGAUGCUGAAACUCAGAUCCAUGAUUUGCAGUCUGCUUCAUACAGUUUCGAGAGCGGCUUACCUUUGGUCCAAAAGAGGAUAAGCGACUUGGAAGAAGAGGUUAAACACCUAUGGGCUGCCUUGAGAACUACCAACUUCGAGCUUCACGUUUUAGAGGAUAAGGCAAAAGAUGCUGAGGAUAAAGUUAAAGCUACCACUUUGGAAGUUGAACAGGUGACCGAAGUUGUUACAGAAGGGUGGAUUCAGGUUCAGCAUCUUGAGCAGAUGAGAGAAUUUAAUAACCGAAGGCAUCACACACCUAGCAGAUGUACUCUCUUGAAGCUCAUGAGAGACAUCCGAGGAAUAAAACAUCUACUCAAAGUUAAUGUAGCAUUUAAGUUUCACUGGGAGGGAAAGAAGGUUUAUCUGUUUUUGCAAUCGUAUCUCAAGAGCCUAUGGGAAGCUGUUACCAAAUAUCACCACCAGCUGCAAGGCUUCAUCAAGCAUGAGAUGGAAAGAAACGAGAUCACAGCGGCUCUUGCAAACAGAGAAGUGGUGUUUUUUAUGGCAUCUGCAUUGAUUACAUUCCCGGUGUUUGGAGCAUGGAUCUUACUCUCUUCCUAGUUUUGUUUCUACAAGACAUGCAUGAUAUCAACUGAUGUGUAAGCCAUGUUUGUGAUAUCAUAUCUUAUUUUCUUUUAAACGGACAAGAGUAUUAUAGUUGGUAGUAAUUCAUUUAUACUAAAAAUUUCUUUUGAAUGAUAUGGUUUGAUAUGUUUGGAGGAUGUUUGUAAGAAACCACCUGACAAUAUUCUAGCAAUACAUAUGGUGUUUACUGAUUAA